AUGAAGCAAAAGAAAUCGCCGAUGGUCGAUAGCGACUCCAAAUCCGAAGAUGAGUACGAGGUGGAAGAUAUUCUGGACUUCCGUAUGUUUAAAAAGCAACCGAAGUACCUGGUAAAAUGGAAGGGCUUUACAGACGCGGACAACACCUGGGAACCAGAGUCCAACCUGAGCAAUUUGCCUGCGUUCGAAGCGAAGAUGAAGGCGCUGAAAGCCGAGCGAUUGACUCCACUGCAAAAGACACAUCCAAGUAGCUCGAGCACCUCUAGCCGUGUUGAGAACCGUCAGAAAAUGCCCCACACCCCCUCAACCACCCAGCAAAGCCAACAGCAGUACAAGAAGCAGAAGGUAUCACCAGAGCCAGCAGCAACAACUGGUCAAUCGUCUGACAAGGUCGACCCGGCCCAGGUUUCCCGCGGUACCAAGUCAGUGAAGCCUGCUGGAGACCAAGCGGCGGCAACAACGGAAAAGGCUCAGAUGCCAACUGAUGAGAAGGCCAAGGAACCGGUGAAGAGCGUGACACAGGUUGCUGCCGAAACCGAGGAAGCUGUUGAGGUAGAAGACUUGUUAGAUUACAAGCCGCGUUUUAAGAAGGAUUACUUCCUCGUGCGUUGGAAGGGUGACUGGGAGGAUUCGUGGGAGCCGCGCCACAACCUGCUGAUUGUUGGCGACCUGAUGAACAAAAUGAUCGACUUAAAGAUGAGCUAUUUGCGGAUUUACGGCCCAAGCGACAUGGAAGAGCAGGCAUUCGUGACUGUGCAGUCCAUCCGCAUUUCGGGGUCAGCGACGCUCUCUGCCGUCGUUGUGGAGAUGACCAGGGACACCGAGAGCCGCACGCUGCUUCCACUUCAGGAGGUGAGGCGCAGGUGGCCACAGCAGCUGCUUGACUUCCUGCUAUCCAGACUGCGGUUGCGCGCUUCUGGCGAACCUCACAUCCUCACACUAUUAAAUAUAAGUGCCAUGAGCCUUGCGUACUCUAUCAGAUCAUUGGUCGUUGAGGUCUCCGGUCCGCGCAAGCACGAGCUGCGCGACUGCCUUGAGAAGGUUCGCCAGGGAGUGGCUUUGGCGACGCAGCAGGGAAGGAAUAUAUCGUCGGUGGAAUUUGCCCAUGUACCCCGCAAAAGGUGGCGAGUGACGUACCUCAAGUCUAGGUUCAAGCACCGGAAGGCUAUCAGGCACUAUGUCUUUGAGCGGUAUACGCACCGAGUAUCGUUCACAGCGCCCUUUGAUCUCGGACCAGCCCUCAAUUGUGUGCUGAGUAGCCUGGUUGGUGGGCUACGAGCGAGAUGCUCCUUCGCUUGGCAAUUCGGUUCCAUCCCCAGUGUUGACGCCUGCCGGCGUGAGGAUGCUAUACGUGAGCUGUGCGUCCAGCUGGAACGGGUCAGAGUUGCCGUGGAAUCACGAAUUGAACCAGCUCCGACAGUUAGAAGCUGGUUUUCGCGGCUCAAACCGGAGGCACCGCAGCCCGCAGUGCGGGGGAUGUACAUAUAUGGCGGCGUCGGUCAGGGGAAGACCAUGCUGAUGGACGCCUUCUACGACCAAGUUUCGUUGCCCAAGAUGCGUAUGCACUUUCACGACUUUAUGAUCCGUGUACAACGUGAAAUGCAUCUGCACAAGAGCGACUCCGGCGGUACCGUCAUGGGCACCGUUGCGAGGAGUGUUCUGGGGGACGCUCGCCUGUUGUGCAUGGAUGAGUUUUUCGUGAACCACAUCUCAGACGCCAUGGUGCUGAAGCCGCUUUUCGAAAACAUAUUCCAAAUGGGCGUGGUGGUAAUAUGCACCUCAAACAGGCCUCCUGAAGAUCUUUACCAGGGCGGUCUAAACCGUGAACGCUUCCUCCCUUUCAUUCCGCUGUUGAAGAGCCACUGUGACGUAUUUAACCUGCAGGCGCACGAUUUUCGACAAGAGCACAACUUCUCAGAUUCGUCUAGCAAUGUGCAACGGGUCUACUACUUUGACCCUAAAGACGACGAGAAUGCACUCAUGACUGCUUUUAGGGGGGACAACAAUGCGACAAGCAUAAUCGAAAAUGAUGUUGUAAAGGUAUCGGAGCUGCGAUCCAUCACCGUGCCGUUAUCAAAAGGCGGAGAGGCGUUCUUCCGCUUUCCCAACUUGUGCGGUUCUUCAAACACCUCUGCUGGUAGCAACGAUAAGGUGGAAGUGUCGUUGGGCACCGACGGUUUUAUAGCGUUGGCUGAACGUUUUCAUACCAUCUGGAUAUCGCAAGUGCCCCAAUUCGAUGCUUCAAACCAUAUGGACGGGCGCCUGCGCAGUUUCAUGCUGCUGAUUGACGUUCUGUACGAGAGACAGACCAAGCUGUUGCUUGCCUCCAAGGUGCCACUACUGCAGUUGUUUGGAAGGACAGGGAUAGUGAAAGUCGCAGAGGAUUUCCAAAGUAGGCUAUACAGACGCUAUGCGUCGGUGGAGGAAUUUUGCAAUGAGUUCCCAGCUAGUCUAUCAAAAGACGAAUUUAUGAAACUGGGUGAUAGUUUAGGCAUGUCAAGUGGUCACACGGGUCUAUUCUUCAACGCCGUACACGCCCCAGACGAGGAGUCAGUUGGGGCAAGGCGAAUAUGGGACAUUUGCGAGAACCAUCGCCUUCUGUUACAUGGGAAGCCGCCAGCAACGCCGCAUCUGUAUCGGUUUGAUAUACGGGAUGAGAACGUGAUGGAGAACGAAUUUGUCUGUUCACGCGCUCUGAGCAGACUCUUUCACAUGUGCUCCGGUAACUACCUGCAGCAGCACCAUGAGCGCUUCGGCGAUAAGUGA